GCAGUCGAGCGCGCGACGUAGUCGAGUGCGGUACAUAUUGCCGUAGGCAGCUUUUGCUAUUCCCAUUGCUACCGCAUACUGUGUAUUUAUUGUGUGUGCAUGUGUGUAUUCGUUCGUGACCGUGUUUUCUUUUCUCUCUUUCUAUUCCAUUACACUGUAUAUUAUUUCUCUCUCUUUCACUCGUUCACGAAACCGUUCGUUUUCAACGAACUUUACCACCCUGUCAGUGGAUAGCGUGACCAGCGUGUUUCCUGUGCGGUCAGGACUUCAACGAUUCUCGAUCUUUCAAAGAAGACCGAGAGAAAGGAAGAAAGAAAAAAGAAUAAAAGCAGACCUUCGAGUUCCAUCGAAAGUCGAGAAGCAGAAGAAAAAGAAGGAGAAGAAAAAGAAGGAGAAGAGGGGAAAGAAACGAUCCGUGCAGGGAAGGACAUUCGAGCGGGAAAAAGAGUUUCUCUUUUUCGUGGAAAAGUUCGAGAAAAAGAAAUAAGGAGAGAAAGAGAGAGAGAAAGGAAGAGAUAGAUAGAUGUGUAGAUCAAAGGAAAAGUGAGAGAGAAAGAAGAACGCGUGCGCACCUACAUAUCUCGCAAGGUGUAUUACGUCUUCGUCUCAUUAUCAACAUCUUUAUUGGUCGUGAGUGACGAGGUCUUAGGCCUCUCUUUCUCUCUCUUUCUCUCUCAUUUUCUUUUUGAAGUAGAGGGAUUUCUCUUCAAGUUACUGCGAGCGUUUCCGAGAAGGAACGAUGAAUAACGGCGUCGCGACGCUCUUGUUACGCCGCAGGAGAAACUGGACGACGACGCAUUCGACUUAACGGUUUCCAUCGUUCUCUUGCAAUAACGCUUCUCUAGUGUCUCUUUUUCUUUCAUUUUUUCUCUUGUUUUCUUUUGAAACGUGUUAUUUCGUUCAUAACUAAGAACGCCUUCGAGGGAUUUAAUGAUAAACGAGAUAGAUAUGACAUUCUUCGUUCUCAAUAUUUUUGUGGUUGGUCUAACCAUGACCACUGCAUCCGACGUAUUGAUUCUUGGAUCCACGUCUAUGGGAUACGCAAAUCAACAGGAGUCUAAAGUUCAUUGCCGAUACAGCAAGGCCUAUUCGAUGCUACAGGUUAAAUGCUCCGAUCCAAAGUUGGAGGAAAUUCCUCGUGAUUUAAAUUCAAAUAUACAGGUUCUUGACGCGUCCUUCAGUAGAAUACGAGAUCUCCACAACGACAGUUUUUCGUCAUACACGAAGCUGCUCUAUAUUUAUCUCGGCGACAAUUUUAUUCAAAACAUCGAGGAGUCCGCGUUUGCUCAACAAUAUUAUCUUGAAGUCCUUGACCUAACGAAGAACGGUUGCGACAAUCUUCCGAAGAAUCUGUUUCAGCUUCCCUAUCUACGUAGGGUCUAUCUAGCCGUGAAUAAAUUUGGUAACUCCGUCUUUCAGACCGAAGUUACCUCACCCCUUAAUUUUCUCCAACUUCAUCGUAACAAACUAACAAAGCUGCCAGAAAUGGGAUACUUACCAACGCUUCUAAACCUUAACGUUUCCGAAAACAUGAUCAGUAAAAUUACAACGAAGGAGCUGGCUCGUUUCUGUUACUUAGAGGUUCUUGAUGCCUCGAAGAAUCCACUCAAUCUCGAAGAGGACAAUUGCGAAUGCGUUACCAUGCGGAGAUGGUUGAAAUUACGCAAGAUUAUCUUUAAACCAGAGUACAAUUGCACUCCUGCGGCAUUUGAGCGUUGUGGAAAUGUUACCUUUAGCAACGAAACUUUAACGACUUACGAUGAAUGUACGAAUAUCCUGAGGAUACAAAUUCAAACUAAAAAGGCACGCAAUAUAUGGAUCAUUGUGGUUUGCUGCGUUGCCUGCUUUAUCGUUAUCGUCUUUCUCGUACUAUUUUGCUUCCACAAACGUAACAAGAGGAAGAAGCAGAAGCUGAAAAAGGAACAGCAACGUAUAGCUGCCAAUAAUGCGAAUACACAGCUGUUGAAUAGUAAUUUAAAAUAGGCGAAAGCUAAAUAAAGUUUUUUAUUUCUUUUUGUUUCUUUUUUUUUAUCGGAGAUGAAAAUCUGAAAAAUGUUUUUUCGGUUACUGCACCACCUUAUUUUUUCAUCGUUAUCGAGGAUAUUGAACUUUCGAGUAAAGCUGAAGGAGGAUAAGGGACAGAAGAGAUUUCGAUACCUCGAGGAGUAUUUGUCCCAUCCUAUUUGCUUCUCUGGGGAAUAUUCCGAAGAGGAUUUACGUUUUGAACGUUCAAGUAUAAGUCUCCGGUAGAUUCGAACGUAUCUUUCGGGACUGUGAUCUCGUGUUUAUAUGAAAGUUUAUGUAGUUUUGUGUAUGUACUUAAGCCUUAACCUCGGCAUUCGUUGUUUCAUUUUUUUGCGCGUGACUGCCUCGAUGUUGUAUGGAUCUUCAGUUUUAUGUGUUUUUUGAUAUUGUCUCUUUUAUAUACAUAUAUCGCAUGUUAUGAAAGUAUAUUGUUUUGUUAUUACACGGGUCCCCUCCUCCCGCGCGCGCACACUCACAUACACACACACACACACGUACACCCAAGCAUAUGCAUAUAUGUAUACAAUGUUCGAAGAAAUGCUUUUACGUUAUAAACGAAUUGUACUUAAGAUUUGUCAAUCAAUUUGUAUAAUGAGUACUUUAAAUAUUUUAUAGCAAGUAAAAUUUCCUUUGUUUAUUUUGAAAAUUCUCUCGAUAAUCGUGGCACAUAGCGUAGAUUUUGUUGUAUUUUCUUAUCAAAUCGAUUUUUCUGUUUUUCCAUGAAGGUUUACGUAAAAAUGUAUGUUUUUGAUAGACAAUAGAUUUCAUUAAUUUACGCGUGAAUGUUUUUUCUUUCUUUCUUUCUUUCUUUUGUUAAGCGUAAAAGUAUACGAGAGUAACAGCGAAACGACUGUGGAAAAAUCUUUCCUCUUUGCGAGUAAGUUUAUUCUAUUUUUCUAUAAAACGAUCUAUCGUUUUAUGAUUAUUCGAUAUUUAAAUAUAGAUCACAUCAGUUCAUAUAUACGUAUUAUGCGAUGUUCUACGCUAUUCGAUAUAAUAAAUAGAUAACUUUAUCUUAUUGAUCAUAUCGCCCUACUAAUAAUUCGAAAAGAAUUUCUACGCUUUUCUCACGAUAAUUCUAUCAUAAUAAUGUAAAUCAACUCGGAACAAAAUUAAUGGCGAAAAAAGUUGACAUAAUCAAUAAAAAGUAUACGUAAAACGUCAAUAAUUAUCGCUAAGGGACCUAAUCAAUUAUCUUUUUUUGUAUUAACUCGUUGGAUAUAUUCCGGUGCAUUUAGUAGGGCACGUGUAUAGCCAGAUAUUUACAUACGUAUUCGUUGUACAGUAUAAGAAAGUAAAAAACUGCGGGUAUGUGAUACUACAGUUUGUACAUAUCAUUUUAAUUUCUAAUUUAGUUAUUAACGGAAAAGAAGUAAUUUAUAAAUCUGCGUUCCAAUUAAUAAUAUAACUAUGUUCGUAUUGUAUUUACGUUUUGAGGAGAUUCGAGAGUUUUUGCGAUUAUUAUCCAAUUAAUUGUGAGUAACAUUGCCAAUGUGUGGGCUGGUUAUUAUGCAUUUUAUGCAGGUUACCUGAACGAAAAAGAUACGAUAUUAAAAUUGAUAGAAAAAUAUA